AUGGGAACGCCAUUCAUCACCUUCCUCGAGCCUAGUAAGCUCGAGGGGUAUAUGCCCGGCGAGUUGCGCGACAGGCAGCCUCCCACCAUCCCCUCCGCCUUCUUGGACGCCAUGGAGGUGCGCGAGGAGGUCUUCGUCCAGGAGCAGGGCGUGCCCGCGAACAACGAGUUCGACAGCGACGACCGCCGCUCGUGCCAUUGGGUCAUCUACGCCAGCGUCAACAAGACGGAGGAGGUCGAGGUGCGCGACGACAACGGCAACGUCGUCCGCCCGCGCAAGAGUUCCACGCGGUCCACCCCCGUGGGAACCGUGCGCCUCGUUCCCUUCCCCCACGAUCCCCACCCUGUCGACGGAGGCACCUACUGGGGCAACAAGCUAAUAGAAGACGAUGCGGACCCCCAGACGGCGUCCUCUCAAGCGAAGACUCACGUCCGGACAGCCUCCCUUGCCACCGCUGCCGCCCCCCACUCGAAACCCUACAUUGUCGACCGUCCCACCACCUUCCACGACGGGAGAGAGCCUUAUGUCAAGCUGGGCCGCUUGGCUGUGUCAAAGGAGUUUCGCGGCCACCGCCUCGCCGGUCUCCUCGUCAACACGGUCCUCAACUGGCUCAAGGCGAACCCGACCUAUUUCAAUCCCAGUAUCAAGGAGCUCGGGCUGGAGAAUAUCGGUGCCACGAGCGAGAGGGACAUUCCCAAGUGGAAGGGGCUCGUUUGUGCGCACGCGCAGGAGAGGGCCGUACGUGCUUGGUCUAAAUGGGGUUUCCAGGUGGACGAGGGAAUGGGCAGGUGGUACGAGGAAGGCAUACCGCACGUAGGCAUGUUCCAGCGCCUCGCCAUUGACUCUGAUCGGAUUCGCAUCUGA